GGGAGUAAAUCAACAACAAAUAAUUUAAACAUAUUAAAAACGAUUUAAUUUAAAACGCAACAUCAAUCUAAAUUAUUUAACUAAACAAAAAACACUGCUAGAAUUUAAGUCGUAAAGGAGAACAAACUGAUAAAGGCCCAAAAGGGGCGAAAAGAAAGUGAGAGACGGAAAGAGAAGCAAGAAGAGCAGAAUAAAACCGAUUAAGCAACAAUUGUGCCGCAAAAAAAGUGUGAAUAAAAAAUAUAUACUAAAAAUAUAACGGUAACAAUAAAGAAAACAUUUAAAACCAAAAAUCUACAAGAAUUCUAUAAGUUUUAAGUCAAGUUUUACACAGACCUACAACAACAACACCAGCAAUUUAACUUAGCCAAUAAAUUUAAUAAGAAAAACAAUAAGUUAGUGAAAAAUAAACGGAUUAAUACAAUAUAUAUAGAGAACGCAUAACAAAUUUAAAACUGCGGCCUUGUGCCAAAGAAACAGUUUUUAUUUUUUCCAAUAAAGCAUUGUUUUUUACUAGUUUUCAAUUCAGUUUUUUUUAUAAGUGUACCUAGUGAGAAAUGUUAAAAGUCUAAAACAGCAAAAGCAACUGCAACAAACGGAAGUAAAACGGAGAAAAGAAAAACAAAACAAAUUCAAAGAAAGAUUUAACAACUCUGUGAUAAUUACUGUAAAUUUAUAAAUUUAAAUAAACAAAAAAAAGAAAAAAACGCAAAGAAAAACCACAAAAAAAUCUCUAAUGGAAUGAAAGGCAAAACCCGUAAUUUUUAACAAUAGGCGAAGAAGGAGCGAAGGAGUAGGCGAAGAUAACAGAAAAACAUCUUAAACCAACAACAACAACUUUACACUUAAGAGCAAAUGCAAAUGAAAAGAUAAAAAACAUUGAAACAAAUUCGUGAUAUCUUAAAGGACUUCGAUACAUAUAUACUAUAGUAUAUUAUAUAUUAUAUUAUAUAAACUAUUAAACUAAGCUUAAAUCUAGUAAGCGAGAACCGAGAAAACAAAACAAAGGAAUAAGUGAAAAAUAACAAAACCAACCAACAAAAAGCAAAAUAAAAACCCUAGGUUAUAAAAAGACUUCAAAACGCAUUCAAAAAAAAUAUAUAUUUAAACAAAACAACAUAAAUCGUAGGCUUAAAGUUCAACAUAGUAAAUGAGCGAGGAUAACUUCACAUAACGGGUAUCCUAUAUCUAUUAUAUAUAUUAAAAACAAAAACCUUAAAACUCAUAAUUUUUGCUUAGUGAAUAGUAAAUGAAACAGCAAUAAAACAGCAAAAAACAACAAACAAAUUAUACAAAUCGUGCAACCGAAAAGUAAUAGCAACGUACAGCGAAACAAAAGAGAAAAUCGAGACGAAGAUAUAGAGAGGGAGGAACCGGAAACGGAAGUCCCGGGAAGAAGAAGCAGCCGGAGAAUAAGAAGGAGAAUCGAACCUCGUCCCCAAAAAUCAUCGUUGUACUAAGGGUAUUCGAAAGUAAUUUAAAAUUAAAUCACUACUACUUCCUAUAAACCACAACGAUUGCCUACAAAAUAUAUAUUAUAUAUAUGUAUACUAUAUAGAAAACAAAAAACAAUAUAAUCAAGCAAAACACACAAAAUAUUCAAAUAUCAAACAAAAGCUAAUCUUACCCAAAAGUAAAAAGUAUUCCCAGUGUAUUUUUCUAGUAAAACUAAAGUAAAAAUAUAAAAAAAUCAACCAAAACCAUUUCAAACAAAAUGCAAUAAUUCAAUAAUAAUUCAAAACUCGAAAAAAAAAAAACAAAAAACACCAACGGCAGCAGCUGGUAUGCAUUUUCAUCGUAAAUCAACAAUAUUUUGAAUACACAAAACGAUCAAAAAAAAUAUAUAAAAAAAACAAAAACAACUUUGGAAACAAAACCUAUAACAGACCCAGGAAGGAACUUCAAACUACCAAAACAAACCAACAACGUUACAAUAUUUGUCGGCAUUUUUUACAACAAAAAAAAAACACACACAACAAGGAACACAAACAAACCAACAACAGCAAAGGAAAGCUAAGAAAUACAACCAUUUUUUUGUGGGGCAUGCCCUCGAGAAAAGACAACAAUUUUUAUUAACUUCGAAGACAAGGAAUUUCAGUGCCUCUUGUGCCAGUGUUUAGCCAAAAUAUAUAUACACAAAAAACAAAACAAACAAAAACUAAAAAACAAAUACGUAUUUAUUGCUUAGUUUUUUUCUCUUUGAUAUAAAAAAUUAAAAUAAAAACUAAAAAAAAAUUUAAGAAAAUACCCUAAAGAGCAAACAAAAGUGAGAUCAAUAAAUCUGUUUUCGGUCAUUUCUCGCGCUUUCUUCAAGUUCGACUUUCGUUCCAAUCGACUUUCGUUUCGGCAUUCGCAUCCAUUAUCGGGUUAUACCACUGACCACCCAAUACCAAUAACAAUUGCAAUCACCAUCGCCAAGAACCAGUCUCCAAUUUGCUAGUCCUUAUCAGCAUUUUUCUUUGUUUGUUAAUAUCCAAUAUCAAUCAAUUCAACAUGAAUACGCAAUCGAAGGUGUACCGCACCGGCGAAGAAAUCUAUGACAACUUGCCAUGCGAUGGUUACUUCAACAUUAAUGCCAUUCGCAACCUGGGAAUCCCGACUACAUUUCCGACCAUUGGAACCUUUACGCUUGAUUCAACAACGCUGGGAUUGCAGCCGCAAGGUCAGGGACCGUCGGCUCAGCAGCAACAGCAGCAGAAUAUGCAUCACCAUCAGCAACAGCAGCAGCAGCAACACCAACAACAGCAGCAGCAGCAUAUGCAGCAGCAACAUCAGCAGCAGCAGCAACAUCAACAGCAGCAGCAACAUCAGCAACAGCAGCAACAACAUCAGCAGCAGCAACAGCAUCAGCAGCAGCAGCAGCAACAACAUCAAAGCAUUGGAAUGUUUGAUGCCAACGAGGUCAACGAUGUCAUCCAGAAUCCUCCUCAAAUCGGAGUAUUCCAAUCUAAUAGCGUUUUGACUAACGGAGCUGGGAGUUCCUCUUCUAUCUUUGGCUCCCAGUCAAGCAAUUCGUCGGCUGCAGCUGCGGAUCCCAGCCAGACCACCCGGGAAACUGGCAUCAUCGAGAAGCUGCUGCACUCCUAUGGAUUUAUUCAGUGCUGCGAGCGGCAGGCACGACUCUUCUUUCAUUUCUCGCAAUUCAGCGGUAAUAUUGAUCAUUUGAAAAUCGGGGAUCCCGUGGAGUUCGAGAUGACCUACGAUCGCCGCACCGGCAAGCCGAUAGCUAGUCAAGUGUCCAAGAUAGCCCCAGAGGUUGUUCUCUCCGAGGAGCGGGUCACCGGCACAGUGACCACCGAGCUGCGCACGGAUAGCGCUAAUAAUCUGCUCAACUCCAGCGAGACCACCGGUCGCAUUAGCUAUGAGAACCGAGGCGAAUGCUUCUUUUUACCCUAUACCAAAGACGAUGUGGAAGGCAAUGUCAACUUGCGCGCUGGCGACAAGGUCAGCUUUCAAAUCGCAACGAACCAAAGAGGUAAUCUAGGCGCCUGCCAUAUUCGCCUGGAGAAUCCGGCUCAGCCGGUCAAGUAUCGUGGCGUGGUUUGCUCCAUGAAGGAGUCAUUCGGCUUUAUCGAACGCGCCGAUGUGGUUAAAGAGAUCUUCUUCCACUUUUCGGAAGCCGAGGGCAAUGUGGAGCUGCGCCCCGGUGACGAUGUCGAGUUUACCAUCCAGACGCGGAGCGUAAGUGGCAGCGGCGAUCCGACCAACCCCAACAUCCUCCAAUCAAAAAUGCAGUCUGCCUCUGUGCCGCCGCAGGGCCGUGAAUUUGCGUGCAACAUCACGCGCCUAGCACCGGGAUCGGUUAUCUUUGAAGACGUGGACAGCACGGUGUACAAGGGCCAGGUGCUCAAGUCGCUCGAUCGCAACAAUCCGGUGCGCCAAAACAAUGAUCCCUUGCCGGGUCGCAUUCGUUACAGGGCUUUGGAUUAUUCCGAGGUGGAGGUUCCGUUCGGGGACAAGGAUCAGAAGGGUGACUUCACCUUGCGCCAUGGUGAUUGGGUGCAGUUUCUGCUUGCCACCGAUCGGCGCGAUCAGCUGCAGCGGGCCACAUCGAUCGCCCUGCUGGACGAGACCUUUAAGGUGUCCGGUGAGAAGCGGGAGCAGGGCACCAUUGCAUCCCUAAAAGAGGGCUUCGGCUUCCUGCGCUGCGUGGAGCGACAGGCUCGUCUAUUUUUCCAUUUUACUGAAGUUUUAGAUACGAGCCGCGAAAUCGACGUCAACGAUGAGGUGGAAUUCACUGUUAUCCAGGAGCCUGGAUUGGCCUAUAAUAACUCGCGUUUGCAGGCCAUACGCAUUAAACACUUGCCGCCCAAUUCAGUGCAAUUCGAAACCCUAGUGGUCAGCAACAUAGAGGGCUGCGUGACACGCGAGGCACCCAAGAGCCCAAUUAAAUCUCAAGAUCGCGUCGAGGGCGGUGUGAUUACCUACGAGAAUGCCGAUGUUAAAAAGACUAUUAUGUAUUUUCUUAAAGACUGCGAAAAACCACCAAGGAUUGGGGAGCGAGUACGCUUCGAUAUUUACAUGGUCAAACGUAACAAGGAGUGUAUAGCCGUUAACGUACAGCAAGUUUCGCUGCAGCAGCAGCAACAACAGCAGCAGCAACAGCAACAGUUGCUGCUUAAUCAGCCGAGCGCUGGGGGAAACCUUAACCAAAACGACCAGCUUUCAGGAUUGUCGAAUGGAAUCAGUAGCAGCAGCUCAAACGCCUCGCUGCAGAAUGGUUAUGUGAUGCACGGCAGCCCCGGUGGCAGCACCAGCAGCGUGGGCAGCAACAAUCCGGGCCACAUGGACGAUUUUAAGCUGGAGAACAACAAUCAUGCCGGAUCCGAGGCUGGGCAGGUGUACCGUGGCUUCAUAGCCGUAAUGAAGGAGAAUUUUGGAUUCAUUGAGACUUUGUCCCACGACGAGGAGGUUUUCUUCCACUUUAGCAACUAUCUGGGCAACCCCAACUGGUUGGAGUUGGGUCAGGAGGUGGAGUACACUCUGGCCCGCAACGGAAAUACAUCCGUUUCUGGAAACUGUCUGCCGGCGGAGAAUGUCCGCAUGCUGCCCAAGAACUCUAUUCCCCAGCCUGCUGUGCUGGACACCACCCACAAUGGUGUGGUGGCUCGUCCGCUGCGCUGCAUCAAUCCUGACCAGCAGGAGUAUGCCGGUCUAAUUGAGAUUCUCGACGAGUCACGCACCACUGUUAUUUCGCAACAUGAGUUCGGGAUCACAAGUCUGGUGAACAAGAGAGAUCUGCUUCAGAAGGGCGAUUUGGUUAGUUUCCGUAUCGAUGAAAGCGGUCGGGCAGCGAAUGUGAAUGCCGUGAGGCAGAAGAAACGCGCCACUGUGGACUCCAUCAAGGGACAGUUUGGUUUUCUCAACUUUGAGGUGGAGGACGGCAAAAAGUUGUUCUUCCACAUGUCCGAGGUGCAGGGCAAUACUGUCGCCUUACAUCCAGGCGAUACCGUGGAGUUCUCCGUGGUUACCAAUCAGCGUAAUGGAAAGUCUUCGGCUUGCAAUGUUCUGAAAAUAAACGAUCGUCCAGAUCGUCUGAUCUCGCGCCUCAAGCUCAACGGCGAUGAUACUGUGCCGCGCCUAAUACUCAUUCGUGCACCAAAGGGACCGCAGGGCAAAGGCUUUUCCGUUUUAGCGCGUCAUCCACGCAUUCCAGGCAACUUGGUGGAGUAGAGGGCUGCAAAUGUUACACAGGCAAGCCAGGAUAUUAGAUGCACAUCAAAGACAAUUACCUACAGCUAUAUAUAUUCUUGUACGCAAGCCAUAAGCGAGCAGGCUACCAAUCAACCAACUAACAGCAACGUGAACUUGUCGCCCUAUUCAUAUACACAAACAAUUAUAACGAAUAUAACCUUUAGAAGCAAAAAAACACUAUUGAAAACGAUCGUAAUUGAUAAUAAUUGAUAGCAAAGGCAUACAUUUAAUAUUAACGAAACUACUUAACGGCAACUCAACAAGAGAACUCUUCGUGUCUGAAAUCGAAACUUAUUUGUAAUAUUACCAACUAACCCUCCACCAUUGUAACACUUUGUUUUCAACUAGACUCAACCGUGAUUCGUGUUGUGGCCAGUUAGAAGCAAAAUGAAAUUGAAAUCCAAGUGUCUGAGAGAUGAAACCAAAACGUUUGUAUACGUAUACUAUUUUCUACUAGUUUGCUUUAAUUUUAAAUAAUUAAAAAACCAUUGCGAAAAACAAAACAAAGUGAGAGGAAGGAAACAAACAACAUAAUCUAUGAAGUAUUUAUUCUAGAAUGGCAACGAAAUCCUUGCAUAAUUGCGUUAGAAAUUGUAUAAAAUCAACACUCUCUAAAUACAUUUGUCUAUGGCCGGGAUAGUUCCUGCUUCUACUGUA